AUUACAUGAAAAUAAAAGAGUUGGGAAAGAAACAACUAAACCAUGAGCACCACAAUUGACAUUUCCAACGAAAAUGAAACUUCUCACAACUACAAGAAACAAAAGAAAUCCUCUUUCCUUGUUAAGCUAUCUUCUCUUAUAGAGAAACAUGAUGAACAACAUACGCAAAAAGUCAUUCAUAGCAUCAAGGUAGGGAUUGCCUUGGUUUUGGUUUCACUUCUCUACCUCCUUGAUCCACUUUUUAACCAAGUUGGGGAAAAUGCCAUGUGGGCCAUCAUGACUGUUGUGGUUGUCUUUGAGUUCUAUGCAGGUGCCACAUUAAGCAAAGGCUUGCUCCGUGGAGUUGGAACUGUACUUGGAGGUGGAUUAGGGUGCUUGGCAGCAAUUAUGGCAGAUGAUUUAGGAAAGAUAGGAAAUGCAGUGGUGGUUGGUGCUUCAGUCUUUAUUUUUGGUGCUGUGGCAACAUACUGUAGAUUGAUUCCAAGUAUAAAAAGGAGAUAUGAUUAUGGGGUGAUGAUCUUCAUUCUCACCUUCAAUCUGGUAGCAGUAUCUGGUUUGCGUGCUGAUAAAAUUCUUGAAUUAGCCCGUGAGCGUUUGUCAACAAUUGGUAUGGGUUUUGCUGUGUGUAUAUUCAUCAGUUUACUCAUUUUCCCAAUGUGGGCUAGUGAUGAACUUCAUCGCGUCGCAUCCUCCAACUUUGACAAACUGGCUUGCUGCAUUGAAGAUUGCAUGAAAGCGUACUUGGGUGUAGUCAGUGAGAAAGAAAGCAUGCCAAGCAUUAAUGUCAGUGGUUGCAAGUCAGUGUUGCACUCAAAAUCAAGUGAAGAAUCACUGGCAAAUUUUGCAAGGUGGGAACCCUGGCAUGGAAAAUUUGGUUUCUAUUAUCCCUGGGAGAAAUACUUACAGAUAGGAGAGCUUAUUAGGGAACUUGCUUCCAUCAUUCUGUCAAUGAAAGAGUGUCUUGGAUCACCAUUACAGCCCUCAACACCAUUACAACAUGCACUCAAGGAGCCAUGCAAAAGUGUAGGGUUAUCACUUGGAUUAACCAUGCGAGAGCUAGGAGAAAGUAUCAGGAAUAUGAAAAGAUGCCAAACAAAAGUCCUAAAGUUGGAGUCCAUUAAACUAGAGCUCAAUCUACUUUCAACUUCACAUAAACUACGAGGGAUUGCAAAUGUCGAAUCUCUUGCCAUAGCAAACUUCUUGUUUCUAUUAAUGGAAAUAGUUGAUAAGAUAGAGCACCCAUAUCCAUAUGAACUAUUUCUACCCACAAAGAAUCUAGGAGAAAAAUCAGAAGAUAAAGGUGCUCCGAACACCAACGUGACCAGUGUUCUUUGUAAUUCUGGCAUUUAUACUGGAGGUGACCCAUUCACCAUAAGCCUGGCAUAUGUUCUUGAUGAACUAAAAAGGGUUACACCUUUUCAAGAAGGUUAUGACUACCGCAAUAUCUCUCCUUACCCUAACGCUUUUGCCUAUGGUCAUGCUACUUGUAAUCAAAACCUUACAAGCAUAGAUUGCAAAACCUGCCUCGAUGCAGCUGAAAUCCAGAUGUUAACUACUUGCAACAAUAAGAUCGGUGCCAGAGCAGUGCUUAAUGAUUGUGCUACUAGGUAUGAGCAAUACCCAUUUAAAGAUUAAUCCGUUAGCUUUCAACUAGUUGUUGUCACGUUUUCUGGAUCUAAUUCUAUGUAAUCCGUUUGAUGUAACUGGUAAUAAUAUUUGUAGUUUCUGCAUAUUGAGAUCUAACUCUCGUAUGUCUUUGGAUUCAGUGAAUAACAUUAACGAAUAUGUUAUAUAGAACAAAUAGAAGAAUUUCAUUACUUACCUUUCUACCGAUGUAAAAUUUGCAUCCAUAACUGGCUCCCAGGGUCCUAAUCCGUUCGUAUUUCAUUAAAAGGAUCUGCAAUCAAACACAACCACAAGAUCAACUCAAAUUAAAUUUUGAAGCAGAGUUUGAGGAAACAAUCUAUUAAUUCAAAAGCGGAAGGGAUAGAUUAAUUAGGGCUUACCAGUUCAUCGUUCGAGGUCACCAUGCCUUUAGCAACUUUCUGUCGGAUACAUCCGGAAGCGAGUAUGAUGUGUGCUAUUCUAUUUUUUUCAUCCCAGAUUUUUGUUCAACCCAAAUGAUUAUGGUUAUAGCACAGCGCGAUCAAAUAUUGCAUUAUUAACGUUCUGCAACUUUGCAAGGUGUAUCAGUUAAACCUAAUCCUAGUAACUAGAGAACAGCAUCGCAAUCGAAAAACCAACCAAUAGCCGCUGAAUUUCGCCACAUUUUUACAAAUGGUAAAUUGAAAGGCAAUCGGAGAACCAUGUUUUUCAAUUCGUCCCAUUUGCCACCACCAACCACCGGUGGAGCUCACGUACUAGACAACGACGAAGAGUUUUUUACUAAAAAGAGAAAUUGUAAGAAAAGUCUAAUAUUUUCAUAAAUGUGAC